AUGGCUGCACUUAAGUCUUUAGUUGCUGUUGUUUUAAUUCUUGCUAUGUCAAGCUCAGUGUCUGAGUGUAGAGUAGCAAGGAAAGACUUAGGCGUGGAUCUUGGUGGCAUAGGACUUGGGGUUGGAGCAGGUGUGGGCAUUGGCUUAGGUGGUGGCGGUGGUUCAGGAGCUGGAGCUGGAGCUGGAUCCGGCUCUGGUUCUGCAGGUGGGUCCAGUUCAAGUUCAAGUUCAGCGUCAUCUUCCUCUAGUUCAAGUUCGGGGUCUGGAAAUGCAGGCUCAGAAGCAGGUUCAUAUGCUGGGUCACACGCUGGAUCACAAGCUGGGUCAGGAUCCAGGGGUAACCAAGGAGGACGUGGAGGUGGCUCUGGAUCGGGUCAAGGUGUGGGCCGCGGUUCAGGCUCUGGGUCUGGGUCUGGAUAUGGUGGAGGAUCAGGAAGAGGAGGAGGGUCAGGCGAAGGUGAAGGAUAUGGUGAAGGUUAUGGUUAUGGGGAAGGAUACGGGAGGGGUGAUGGCAAUUGA